AUGCAUUCAACUAAUGAAUUCGUUGUCAGCGACUUCACGAUUUUACAAAAUUUGGGGAAGGUCGACCGAACGGCUGAUGAAAUAUUUGAUGAGCACUUAAACAACUUCCAGUUACAGCAGAAUUCAGCCAAUCGAUUACAAAAGGAAUUCAACAAUUACAUAAGAUGCAUUCGAGCUGUUCAAGUAGCAUCAAAGUCACUGAUGGAAGCCAUAACUGAAGUUUAUGAGCCACAAUGGACGGGCUCAGAUGCACUUUACAAUAAUGCGUCGACAAUCGAAGUAUUAUGGCAAGAUUUCUCGCACAAACUUGGAGACCAAGUGUUGAUACCACUGAAUACUUAUACGGCACAAUUUCCAGAAAUGAGGAAAAAGAUCGACAAGCGUGGGCGAAAGUUGGUUGACUACGACAGUCAACGUCAUUCCUUCCAGAAUCUUCAAGCCAAUGCCGCUAAGCGUAAAGAUGAUGUGAAGUUGACUAAGGGACGAGAGAAUCUUGAAGAAGCCAAACGAACAUAUGAACUCCUCAACACGGAAUUACACGAUGAACUUCCAGCCCUUUAUGACUCGAGAAUACUUUUCCUGGUUACGAAUUUGCAGACACUUUUCGCAUCGGAACAAUUGUUUCACAGUGAAACGACAAAGAUUUAUGCAGAACUGGAAGCGAUUGUUGACAAGCUGGCAACGGAAUCACAACGUGGAUCGUACACACUGAAGAAACUGAAUUCAACAUCAAACAACAUCCAAUCGCCGAUUAAGAACAUCGAAAUCAAUAAUGCCCCAAAUUAUCCUCCAAUCACGAAUGGAAAUUCAGCAGCCGCAAAUGAUGCCACAUCAUCUCCAUCGCCACCAUCAUCAACCAACUCACCGACACCAUACGAACAAGAACCGCAUUCGCAAGGUGAACAGCAGUAUCAGAAUCAAGAAAGUUUGGCAAUGAAUGAGCCAUCUUAUCAGAAUGCGUCAGCUGUGGUCAUGAAUGCGAACAGCAAUGUCAUUAACAACAAUGUUGAAUCCUCGACAACUGUCACUACAAAUGGCAACAUCAGUAAGAGUGAAGAGAAGGUUGAAGUUACUUCAGCGUCAAGUGACGUAGCAGCAUCAACGACAACGCCAUCAAAAGAAGAUUCACAUUUAAACAAUCAUAACAGUCAGAUUAACAUUAGUAAGGAAACAAUAAAUCAAAAUACUAAUCAAAAUCGAAAUAGUCUUGCAAAGAAAAAUAAUAACAAUGACAAUAAUAACCCGGAUGAAAUGUUAUACGAUAUUCCUGUGGGUGCCACAACGACUAACCUUCCACCAGGCGUUUUAUAUCGAGUUAAAGCAACUUACAAAUAUGUACGAGAAGAUGGUGAUGAGCUGAGCUUUGAUGUUGGCGAUGUCAUAAAUGUUAUUGAGUAUGACGAUCCAGAGGAUCAAGAGGAGGGAUGGUUGAUGGGAGUGAAAGAAGGUUCAACUGAGAAAGGAAUGUUCCCAGCGAACUUCACAAAGCCAAUGUAAUCAAUUAAACCAAUAACAUUUUCUGUUUCGUCAAUUUUAUACAAGAAGAAAGAAAUUUAUCAUUAAAAAAAUAAUAUUUUAAAAGUUUUCAUCAUUUUCUUCCAUCACAAGAGAAUGGAAAUUGUUGUGGUUCGUGCUUUAAAGGUUUGUUUUGGGAUCGUGUAGAGAGAAAAGCGUUUUUAAAAGAAAUUUUGAUUUUUCUUCCUGUUAAAACAAUGAAAGAUUUUAAAACGACGGUCGAUCCCCACUAUCCAUUCAACAGAUGCCAAUUAAAUGUAAAGUCAAUGUCAGAAAAUGUCUUUUCUUCCACUUUAAAUCUUCCUUUCUUUAACUGAACAAAACAAAAAAUUAUCAAAGUGUCAAAUGCAGGGACGGAAACAAAUUUGUAAAAAUAUUUAUACCGAAUGAUGAAUGGAAUGAAGUGCCUUUAUUUGAAUGAAGAAUCGCCGCAUUGUGUGUUUGCGAAGUUUUCUUAUCGUCCCCAGAUGGUUUCUUAUCUUUUAAUUGUCGGCCUAUUUGCCAUCCACGCACCUUCUUGUUGUUAGUUACUUAUUAUUAUUAUUAUUAUUUUAACCACAAUUUAACAUUGUUUAACUGAUGAAAUCUUAAGUUAAUUUUCAAGGCAAAAACUCUUUGUUGAUUAAUUCAUUUUAAUUAUCUAUUUUCAAACAUUUAAACCGAAGAGAAGAAGAUGAAAUAAAGAAAUCAAUUAUUUGUAAUUUAACGUAUGAUUAAUUUUAAACAAACAAGAGAUGGAAUAAAAAGAAUUGUUUAGAAUGCAAGAAUAAAAAAAUGAAGUGAAAUGAAAAAAACAAACAAACAAAUAUUUAAAAGAAAUAAAUUUUGUGUAGAAAUGAUUAAUUAA